AUGGUCUUUUGCGAGGCGAUUGCCGUGAGCUUGAAUGCCAACGGCGAGGAAACCGGCUUCAACCGGGUCAAGACAAUCACGCGAGACCUAGAAAUCUUGACAGCGUGGUAUGAGGCGGCGCGCGGCGAGUCUCCGGGCACGGGAACCCAAAUCUUUCACGUUCGACAGCAUGGAACUGAAGAUACAGGAUUCAACAAACCAUGA